AUGAAUGGCGAAGUGUUUAUACAGCACUCCAGUAUCUCAGCACCUCAAUACACCAACAAGGCAUAUGGUAGGAUUCCGUUUUGGGAAGCUGCGCUGGCAGAGGCGCGACUUCCUCGUCAGGUCACUCUCGCAACAUAUAUUUCUCUGAGCUAUCUCGACUUCCAACUAUUUACAACAAACUUUUCCAAGAUCGCACCGAGGUUUGCAGACGCACCGAAGAUCUCAGACACAUCGAAGUCUGAACAUUCCGACAAGAUGGGGAAAGAUGUGGAUGCUUUGAUCCGCGAGCGCAUGAAGCAAUGCAAGGUAGUGUAUCGAGGGCCCAAGGGCGACACCUCUGCCCCAACAUCGCCUUCCCUUAAGGACAUCGAAGUCCUCAUCGCUAAAGUCGUCGAUAAAACAUGCGAUAAGAUCACAGAAACCUGCGGUGGACUUCCCAGCCAGGUGAAGGAGUUGGAAGUGCAAGUGGCCGAAGCAAACAGGAACAUUACUGCGCUUACCGCACGCAUCAAUCAACUGGAAUUAAUCGCGAUCAACGAGCGGAAGCUUGCGGAUGCACUCAAAACAGAACGAGACGCUCUGUGGAAAGAUACCAAGGCAAUCGUGUCUUCCAAGAAGGAUUUCCAGGACCUGGACCAAUUUCUGAAGGCCUGGAAGAAGGACAUCCCAUCCAGGAAAGAUAUAGACGAUAUCAAAAGAUUGCUAGAGGAAUUGAAGGAUGCGAACUUGAGUCAAGACGUUGAAGACGUCAAGCAGUCAUUCCAACUCUGGGAGAUGCAGAUGCCAUCGAAGGAUGACAUGCAGGAGCUCAAGGACCUUCUUGAGCAACUCAGAGACAAUCAGUUGUCGAAAGCGGAUCUCGCAGAUAUCAUCACAAUCGUCCAAGAAGAUUUGGUCACAUUCAAGAAAGACAUGGAGCAGACCACGUCAAGCAAGGAUGAGUCAAUACCCUUGCUAGAUCAAAUGAAGAGUUGUUUUGCAUCGAAGGAGGAUGUGGCUGCAUCACUUCAGAGUGUGAAAGAAUCGAUGUUGGUCAAAAGCGAUAUCUCAGGUUUGGUUGAAGCUGCUCUGAGCACAACACUCUCCAAGAACGAGGCCGCAGGUAUGUUUGCGACCUCCAAGUUAAACCUGGACACAGCAGCUACGAAUAUCAUCUCCUCUAUGCUCUCUAAAGCGGACAUCGAGACGGUGGUCAAAGACUCCACCAACUCCAUGGUAUCAAAGGUAGACAAGCUUUCCACGCUAUCAAAAGCAGACAUCGUCACUGCCAUUCAAGGGUCCAAGUUCUCGACAGUGACGAGAGCAGACAUCGACACUGCCAUCCAGCAAGCCAAGCUUUCAACGCUGUCAAAAUCAGAUGUUGAGACUGUGGUCAAGGAGUCUGCUAGCAUUAUGCUCUCCAAGACAGAUGUUGAGACUGUAGUCAGGGACUCUGCUCGCGCGAUGCUCUCGAAGUCUCUCAACGCUAUCAAGGGCGAUGUUGAGACUGUGGUCAAGAGCUCUGUCACAACCAUGCCCUCGAAGGCAGACAUUGAUACGGCGAUUCAGAACGCCAAUCUUUCAAAGCUGUCUAAGACAGAUCUCAAUGCGGUAAUCCAGGAAGCAAAGGUCUUCACGCUAUCGAAGACCGAUAUCGUAAGCGCUUUUGAGCAUGCGAGGCUAUCCACCUUGACCGAAACCGAUGUCGCAGCGGUAUUGUUAGCCUCCAACAUCUCAACGGUAUCAAGGGCAGACAUCAGCGCAGUGGUGGAGGAGAACAACCAGCGUCUCCUGUCGAAGGUAGAUAUGCAGUCUGUACUCGACAAUGGAAAUACCUCUUUAGUAUCUCGUAUCGGAAGUGCUCUCGAAAAAUACAUUGGCAAUUUCGCAACCAAGGCCGAUAGUUCCAUGCUCCAAGACGAGGUCAAAGCCGCUGUAGGGAGGAUCAACAUGUUAUCUCACGCAGUGACAAGUGCCAGUGAUGAGACCUUGGCAGUAGGUUGGAACGUUAGACUUGUUCUCAGCAAUGUCUCCAGGAUCUUGCCUCGGACCAGAAACAUCGAAAAGGAUAUCACACUCCAACGGAAUAUCUGCAACGCCAUUUCUGUAUCCCUUGGUAAGCAUGAAACAAGUCUCUUGGCCUUGAGGCGUCACGCAAAUGCACAUUCCAAACAGCUCAAUGGUUCACUCUGCCUCUCCAUGAUGGCUUCUGCUGUAUACACGUCCCUGACCAAGAGUUUGGAAGACUUGAAGCAGCAGAUCGGUGAUGUCUGUGAGUCGGAAUUGGCUUGGAGACAGCAUUGCGAGAUCGAGAACACCACUGGUGCUGAAGAAUCUCUCGGUGUACAGCUCUGGAAGAAGCCGUCACUCGCACAUCAUUUGUGUGGGAUGACCAUGCGCCUAUCCAACAUGACCCUCUCCACCCCCACUCCAAUGGGUUUGAGGAUCGAUAUGAUGGGAGAGACCUUGACACGGAUGCAUGAAUCUAUUGGGCAAUUGGUAACAUCAUCACAAAACAUCCAUGGGAAGCUUGAUGUUGUGUCGAAGCAGAAUGAGGAUGGGUUCAAUGACCUCAUACCAAGUGUGGGCCGUGUCAGUGGUGACCUGAUUGUGGUUCGGGAAAGAGUCCGCCAGGUAGUUGAGAAGAGUGAGGAGACGAAGUCUUCAGUAGCGGGAAUCAAAUCCUCCUGUAACAGCAUUGGCACAUCACUACACGAUGUCGAGGCCAAAGUUACCAGCACACAUUCCCACCUCAAAGACCUCGAUGUUGCCGGGUUCAACGAGACAUUUACUCGAGACGCUGUCGAGGAAAUGUGUAAGGCGAUGACGCAUACCGUCGAGCAGAGACAAGGCUUCUUGGCAUCUAGGAGUGGCCAGGUCAACUCGACGAGUCGACCUGCAUCUCCUUCUAAGGAUGCUGGAAGGGAACGUCGAUCUCCAAGUAUUGCCAAAUCGUCUCAACCAGGCUCGACCAUUGGGGAGCCAGCCAGUGCCAUGGAUAUCAUCAUGAGCUUUGUGGAGAGUCGUGGAGACCCUGCCAUCACCAUGGAAGAAUUUACCAGAGCAUUAAAGGUUUGCGUUGGUGAAGAUGUGCCCACGUCGACCCUUCAGAGGCUCCAAUCUGAACUCCACAUUACACAUGAGCACCUUGAGCGAUAUCAAAAAUUCCCAUCGGCAGAUUUGAUCAUCAAGGCAGCCAAAGUGCUUGGGGAUGCGGUCAAGGCACAUGGAGAGAGACUCCUGCAAGAUAGACCUGCUCUUAAUUCACCUGUAAUUCUCGAUGAAAACUCCGACAUCUCGCCUGUGGGAGGAGUGCUCAAAUCCGGCAUUCUCCCUUCCAGACAGAGUGUCACCACCGCAUGUGACGAGUCAGUCGGCAGCAGUAUGCCUCCUCGUCCCCAGGUCAUCGAUGAGAAUCAGAGCACCGAUUCGCAGGGCAAUGUGAUGAAAGGAGCUGAGAGUCGUCAAAGUCAUGUCACACCGACUCGUACUCGACGCACGCCUGGCCCUCUACCUACCCAUACCAAAACACAGCUUCGAGGGAAUGAGCAAUCUGCAACAACUCUCGAUCUCGAGUCUACAAAGAGACCCCUAUCCAGUGGCAACGAUUCUUCAGUCCGGAAGAAAGCCAAGAUAUAUGGUUCCAAUCCAUCAACGGGAGACUACAGCGAGCGUACGUCACAUAGUGAUGGCUCUGACAGUGAGCAGGACAUACUGGCAUCCCAAGGUGACUUGGAUACCAGCGGAACGUCCUAUUCUACUGCCUUCCCGACGCCUUCUACGCAACAUACAUCCUCUCCUUCACAACAUAGAGAUGAAGGUUCUACUUAUGCGAAGGGUGGCCAAAAAUGGGUGGAGAUUGACAUUGGAGCUCCCGCUAGGCUCGGCAAGGGUAUGGAUGCCAAGUUGAAGAACGCCAGCCUAUCGGAGCCCCUGAAGCAGAUGAUACAUGGCACGGAUAAGAAGAAGAAGGGUUGGAGAGAAAAACUCUCGGUCGGUAAUCAAGACAUAGUGAGACUUUGCGUCUUGUCCAGCAUCGACCCCGAUAAAGAGUGGUUGGAAUCAGUGGGACUAGAACCUGCAACGGGUAUGACAGGCUUGCAUACGUGGUUCGAAAAGAAUUGGACGAAUCAGGACGAGCCAUGUCCACAAUGCCUACACAGAAUUGACGCCGGUGGAGUCAGGAUUGUCUGUAUGUACUUCAUAGACAAGGAGCGUAUCAUGGCCUGUAUCUAGUGUUUUAUUCGGGCGUAUAUUUUCAGCUUUAGGUGCAGGAUUUUGGCCGCU